AUGGAGCAGACCAAGGCUCUCAACGCUCUCGAGCCCUUCCUGGCCCUCACAAAGUCCGCCAACUCGCCAAAGGCGGCCGCAGACCUCAUCACACACGCCACAUCCGCACAGGGCACCUACAUCUUCUCCGACCUCCUCGCCAGCCCCUCCAUCCGGGCCCUCCAGGACUCCCCCGAGUACCAGCCCUACCUCACCCAGCUCCGCAUCUUCAGCAACGGCCUCUACUCCACAUACCUCUCCACCCCGAACCUCCCGGCCCUCGACGACCGCCAGGCCCUCAAGCUCCGCCAGCUCUCCCUCCUCACCCUCAGCCGCGACAGGGAGAACCUCACCUACCACGCCCUGCAGCGCCACCUCGGCCUGGCCUCGCCCCGCGAGGUCGAGGACCUGGUCAUCUCCGCCGUCUACGCCGGCCUCCUCAACGCCAAGCUGAACCCCCUCCGCUCCGUCGUCCAGGUCUCCUCCGUCGCGCCCCUGCGCGACGUCCAGCCCGGCACCGUGCCCAGCAUCGUCGCCACCCUGCAGAACUGGAGCCAGCGCUGCGACGCCACCCUCGCCGAGAUCGAGGCCAACAUCGCCGACAUCAGGAGGGAGGCCGCCCGCAAGGCAAACGACAAGAGGGAGUGGGACAGGACCUUCCAGGCCGUCGUCAAGGCCGAGACCAGUGACCCCUCGGACCCGGCGGCCUCCGGCGCCCCCGCCAACGGGACCCGCGGCGCGGGACGGAGGCUCGGCGGCGGGGCGGCGGGGCGCACCGGUAUGCGAUCUGCCGCUGGCGGCGCCGGAGGACAGGCAGCUACCACCGGGGCUAUCGCGGGGGCUGGGGGAGGAGCAGGGGUGGGCUCUCACCAUGGGGCAGCAGCUGGUGCUGGCAGCGGGAGCAAGCGCGGCAUGGAGAAGCUGACCGAGGGCUUGGAGGAUGACGACGACGAGGCCAUGGACCUGGACGACAGUGCUGACUCCACCAGUCAAAACCAGAAGAGGACGAGUCGGCGGAAGCUAUGA